AUGCCAAAGGAGAAAUCCAAGCCUUUCACCUUCCCUCGUUUCCUCCUCCCUUCAUUUCCUAACAAACAAGAUGUGGGGUUAUCCCGGAGCCCCUCCAACCCCACUGCCAAGCACCUAAAUGGUCAUGUCUCUUACCUUCAGUGUACCGGAUGUGCCGCACAGCUGUGUUUGACAUUGCAAAUCAUCAGUAAAGGCUUUACAGGUCGCCAUGGCCGUGCCUAUCUUGUCUCUGCCGAGUCAGCUGCUGCUGUAUCAGUCAGUGCAUCCUCAUCACCGACUGCGUCCCUUCCAAACACCAUUUUGCACCAUCCGGUUCCACGACAACUAGUGACAGGAGCGCACACAGUCAGCGAUGUCAGCUGUGCAUUCUGUGGAAAUGUGCUGGGCUGGAAGUAUGUUGCUGCAGAGGAGGAAUCCCAGCGCUAUAAAGUGGGCAAGUUCAUUCUGGAGACCAAGCGUAUUACCACGUCGUCAUGUUGGGAGUCCCCGCCAAAUGUGAAUCUGCCGGUCUCUGAGAAAUGUCAGGGGAAUAGAAAUGACCCACGACCCUUGGAGCCCGAGUUUGAUAGCCAAGAUGAGGAUGAAUGUGAAGAUCUUUUUACAGGCAUCUGGAGUCCAGGCUUAGCUACUCGUCGCAGAACCCGUAAAAUUGAUCGGCAGCCCGCGAUGUUUGGACUGUGA